GUCAGAGAAAGCCUUGACAUUGUCGAAUAUUACGCAUAUUUUAUAACAAUAUGGAGUAUAUUGUUUUAUGACGUUACUGAACCAAGACAAAACAAGAAAACAAGUGAAAACACAAAUCCAAGCAAUAAGAAAAAUCCAAUGAUUCAUGACUUAGGAAUAGCUACUAUUGAGGUGGCUGUCUCCAGAACAAAUCUCCAGUAAGAUAGUUUUUGCAGGUCAACCGAAUGACUUGUUUAUUGAUCCAUCUUUUGUCAAUCAGGCUCAUGGGAAUAUGUAGAGAUAGAGAAUUCUAUUCCCUUCCAAAUGCACACAACUAUUCACCACUUCUUAUUCCAUUCCCAAUUCUUUUCAUAUUUGCCAACAAUUUUCCCAUGACAAGGAAAUGAG